AUGCAAAAUCAAGAAUUGUUUACUCAAAUCAACAAAAUGUCUAAUAACCUCUCAAAUGACAGUAUUUCAUCUUAUUUAAUACUUAUUAAGCGAAUGAUGAAAUUUCUUAAUCACUUGCAAAUAGUCCAUAAGUCGAUAUAAGGUAUUAAGAGGUCUUAAAGAAAAUGUAAUCGAAAAAAAUAAGAUAAUUGUAUCAGGACUUGGGUCCUGUUUAUGAAAUAAAUGAAAAAUAUGAGAUUCGAAAUUUCGAUGAUGGAAGUUGUUAUUUUGGAGUAAUGGAGAAUGAGUAAAAAAGUGGUACAGGAAUACUGGUAUGGUUUGAAAUAGGAAAUAUACUUGAUGGGUAAAAGUUUAUAAAUUAUAAAAAUAGAAUUUGGGUGAAUAACGAGUUAAAUGGAUUUAGUAGGAUGAUUUACUAGAAUGGAGAUAUGUAAAGAGAUAAUUGAUUGAAUAGUUUUGAAUGUGAUUUUAAAUUAGGGAAGGCAAAUGGUUUUGGAGUAUUUUAAAGUAAGAGUAAAGUGGUAAAAGGUAAAUAGAUUAAAAUGAUGAAAGGUUUAUGGAUGAAUAAUGUACUGAAUGGAGAAGGUUAAGAGAUGAGAAGGGAUGGUGUAAGAUACUAUGGAUAAUUUAAGGAUGGAUAGAAAAGUGGAAGAGGGAUUAUAUAUUAUAAAGAUGGAUGCAAGUAAAUAAUGAAAUAUAUGAUUUAUAGAUAUGAAGGAGAGAUGGAUAAGAAUAAGAUGAAUGGAAAGGGAAUAUUUAUAUGGAAUGAUCAAAGUUAUUAUGAAGGUGAAUUCAUAGAUGGGAUAAUAAAUGGGAUUGGUAUUUAUGUUAGUGGAAAUGGUAAUAGUCUAAGUGGAUAUGUAAAUAUAAUUAGAUAAUAAGUUUAAUAGUUUGAAGAAUAGAGUAAUCAGAAUAGAAUAUAGAGAAUUUAAUGUAUUGAUAAAGAUGGAUAUGAAAAAGUAAUAGAGAAAAUACGAUAAUUGUGACUAUUAUGAAUGAAUAGACAUGAUUAUAUAUAAUAUUUGUG